AUGUCGCGCAUAUACAAAUUUGGGAAGAAUUUGAAUCUCUUUCGAAAUAACGAUCAAAUGACAACAACACCGAUUAUUAAAGUCGUCGAUCUAUAUCGACAUGAAUUAUUAAACGAUAGUUUUGGUGUUGAAUGGAUGGAUGAUAAUGAUGAAAAUAAUCCAACCAAUGCUAAAUAUUCAGUCAUUUCUAUUCGAUCAGUAUUCAAUAAUCAUAAUGUUCAUUUACCAACACAUAUCUGGCGAUCGCUUUCGAAAGUUUUACCCGGUGAUAUCGUUGUCGAAUUAAAUGGCGUAAGCACAGCUGGUCAAACAGUUGCUGAAUUAGAGAAGAAUUUGAAACUCUCCGGUAAUCGAAUUCGUAUACGUUUGAAAUCAGAUUGUGGCCUUGCUUAUACGUCAUCCAGUUUGACCGAUUCAUCGUCAACACAAGUGCCUGACGAAGACAAUCUAUCUGAUACCGAAUAUUGUCAACGCGAGAAGAAAAUAUCUUUACCAAAACUGAACGGUCAUUCACAUUAUUCAAUGCUCAAUGGUUAUAAUCAAUAUGCGCAAUCCGAAAGAAGUCGUUCAUGUGAAAAUAGUCUUGAUUCAUGUGGGCAAAAAUGUACCGAUGAAUUAACAAUCUCAUCAUCGUCAUUAGUCGAUCUACCGCUUCCAUCUGCAAGUCAUGCUGAUUACGAUAAUCUUGCCAGUGUAAAUGGAACUAAUCAUGUAAACGAACAAUCAUCAUUAACUAAACAUGUAACUCAAUCCACAUCACCUAUAUCGUGUGAACUUGAUCAGAAGACCAAAGACGCGAUAGAUGCAAGAUUGAAGGAUAUAGACGAUGAAUUCGACUUUAAUUUACCGGUUACUUGGGAAACAGUUAAUAAAUCAGUUGAUCUUCCAUCAGCACGUCGUUUGGCAAAGCGUCUCUAUGCCCUGGAUGGUUUCAAGUCCAUGGAUGUCGUUCGACAUCUAUGCAAAAGGAACGAUUUUAACCAAUUGGUGGCCGAAGAAUAUGUCAAAUUAUUUGAUUUUCAAGGCGACACGCUUGAUCGAGCGUUGAGAAAAUUUGUGAAACAAUUUACGAUUAUCGGAGAAACACAAGAUCGCGAACGUGUGCUCCACUUCUUCGCAGCAAGAUAUCUCGAUUGUAAUCCAACGACGUUUACUUCUGUUGAUGCUUGUCACAUGUUAACAUGCGCAAUCAUGUUGCUCAAUACCGAUCUUCACGAUUCAAAAAUCUCAACGAAAAUGACAUUUCAACAAUUUAGUGAUAAUCUUCAAGAACUGAAUGAUGGAGCCGAUUUCUCGAAAGAUUUACUUAAAUCUUUAUACAAUGCGAUUAAAAACGAACAACUCAUGGACGAAGCCAUACACCGGAAACUGGUUUAAGAUAUAGAGACGUCAACCAUCGGCUUGCACACAGCACUUGGUUCAGAUGAUUAUAAUGAUGUUCGAUUAGGCGGACAUGGAACUCUACACGGAUAUAGUAAUUGUGUAAAUCCAUUUUUAGAAAUUCCUGAUACAAGCAAAAGUGUUGAAUACAUGCAGGGUUAUGUGAUGAGAAAGUGUUGUGUGGAGUCGGACGGGAAGCGAACUCCAUUUAUGCGUCGUAGUUGGAAAGCACAUUUUGCUAGUUUACGCGACAUGGUUCUUUAUUUACAAAAGAAUGAUCAACAUCCUGCAGCAAUACUUGUUGGUGAUACAAACGCUAUACGCUUACAUCAUGCACUUGCCUACGAAGCAACGGAUUAUCGUAAACGGCAACAUGUAUUUCGAUUGAAAACUGCCGAUUGGGCUGAAUAUUUAUUUCAAACAAGUGAUCAUGAAUUGAUGAGAAAAUGGAUUGAUGCAAUUAAUUUAAUUGCUGCAUCAUUUUCUUCGCCGCCAUUACCGGCAGCUAUCGAUUCAUCGUCGAUUCACUUUCAACGACCACUUCUACCAAGUGUUCAAACACGUUAUUCUGUUUUUGAACAAUAUGAAUAUAUUCUCAAGCAAAUCAAUGAAAUAUCUCGCCAGUUGAAUGAUUUGAAAACUCAAACGUGUGCGUCGAUUAAUAAUGAGAAUAUCAUCAAUAUAAAUGGAGAUAUUAAACAACAGCAACCAGUGACAAUGAAAGCACGAGACAUGAUUGAGAAUAAAGCUCGAAUGGAUUACUAUCACUACGAAUUAAAACGAUACGAAGCGUAUGCUGAUCGCCUUCGCCGGCAUUUUCAACAAUUACAACUGGAUCCAUCCUGUGUGAAGCCGUCAAGUCCAAAUCAUGCACAAGAUUUUUCAAAUUAUUCAGGACCUAUCGAAGCCUUUUCAGGCGUUCAUAAUAUUCAUCAACAAACGUUCUCUCCUCAGCACCUUAUCCCAACUCGGACGUCAUCAUCAGUUGCGUAUAAAAAGAACGGACAAUCAGCCAGUUUGACUAUAACAAAUCCUAACCGUUAUAGUUACAUGAUGGCAGUCAAUACUCACCCAGUAACGAUGAGCGAGCAUCAGCUAUGA